AUGGCCUCUUUAGACCCAGCUCCUGCCUCCCAGCCUUCUCUCCAGGCCCUGAACUUUGUCAAGUCGACCUCACCAGGCCCAGCUCAUGCUUCUUUGCAGCCUCCUCAGGCCCAGCUGCUGCAUCUUGGUGGCCCCUCCAGGCCCAGCCUCUGCCUCCCAUUCCUGCCUGUCUCCCAGCAGCCUAGACAGGCCCAGGUUUUGCCUCACACUGGCCUCUCUACAUCCAGCUUAUGCCUCACGGUGGCCUCUCCAGGCCCAACUCCUGUUCCAGGACGUCAUCUCCGGGCCCAAAACUUACUCACGUCAGACUCUCUAGUCCCAACUGCUGCCUCCUGGUGGCCUAUGAAGGCCCAAAAUCUCCUCAAGUUGACCUCUCCAGGCCCGACUUCUGCCUCUCAACAACCUCUUUGGACUCAGUGCCUAUCCAUCUCCUGGCGGCCUUGGUCGGCCCACAGCUUCCUCAAGCCAAGCUCCCCAGGCCCAGGUCAGGCCUCACGGUGGCUUCUCCAGGAUGAGCUCCUGCCCUCCGAUGGCAUCUCCAGGCCCGAAAUGGUCUCCGGUUGGUGGGCUCCUCCACGCCAAGCUGGGGCCUCCCGGCAACCGCCGCAGGCCCAAGUUGUCCUGAAGUCGGCCUCUCCCGGGCCUGCCUCCCAGCAAGUAAGCAAGCUCUUUUGGCUCAACUCCUGCCCAGCUCCCAACCGCCUUUGUAGGCCCCGAACUUUCUCCAGCCAAGCUCUGAGGGCCCACUUCCUGCCUCCUGGUGGCCUGUACGGGCCUAGCACUGGUUGGGGAACAGCCUCUGCAGGCCCCGCCCUUGCCUCCCAGGGGCCUCUCCAGGCCCAGCUCUUGCCGCCACGGCGGCCUCCUGGGGCCAAGUCCCUGCCUGCCUCCCAGCAGCCCGCGUUCGGCCCAGCUCCUCCCUCACGGUGGCCUGUUGAUGCCCAACUCAUGCCUCUGGCACCCUGCCCAGAGGCGUGA